UGUUUGUUAUAGUCACUGACAGAGCGUUACUCGAAAAUCUUGCUAUAGGCGAUUGCCAAGCUGUCCGGGGUUUUGUCUUUGCUGGUAACAUGGUGCGAGCAGGUUUGUUGAUCUACUCUGUGGCUUGGUGCUGGGCCCCAUAUCUUGUCGUUGAAGCUGGUAUGCAGUACAGUUGGGGCGUCCAAAAUGUCAAAGGUAUUUUCCACUUUCCGGAGCAGAAGCACUUCAAGAGCGCACCAGUACAUGAGGUGACCUGGCCGGGUGCAGAAAAGGAUAGACCCGAGGCUCCACAAUCAAACCCACCACCCUUUGCUCUACCUAUGUUUUGGCAUGCCCCAGUUCAGCUGGCGAGUGCUGAGCUUUAUAGACCAGUCGCUGGAAAGCACCCGUUACCAAACUCCCUUAAAGACUUUUUGCUUCCAUAUAGGUACAAGCCCCCAAAUACACAAGUUAAGCUCUCCCAACAAAUUGAAAUCCCAAAGGUGGAGGCAUCAUGUGGAUCUAACAUGGUCGGAGUGCGCGUUAACAGAGGAGCACUUGGAUUCAACGCAGAGCCGUCUAUGUUUCGCUUGGGAACGUGUGCCGCCACGUUUGUCACGGGAGAAUAUGUAUUUUUCCAGUAUUACCUUGACGAAUGCGGUAGUGUAUCAGAGACCGUUAAGGGGAAACUGGUGUAUUCGAACACUCUUACAUACUUUCCUGGACCACAAAGACAAGUAUUGCGAGUUGUGCCCCUCUCGGUCCCUAUACAUUGCCAGUACAAUAGAUUCCACUAUUCGUAUAAAGUUGGGUACGUGCCGGAGGUGAACGAACGAAUAUUUUUGAAGAGUUUGAAGACCAGGGUCACCUUUAACUUGACCACGCUGAACGCUCAAUGGGAACACCUUGAUGCGGGUGAAAAAUAUGUGCUGGGUGAGAUGAUGUACUUUGAAGCCUCGACGCAGCACCUCUCCAAAGACCAGAGAGUGUUUGUGGACUCCUGUCAUGUAACAGCAUCUCAGGACUCCAAUUCCAUGCCACGUCUAGAUGUCAUUCGUAAUUUUGGGUGUCUGGUGGACAGCAAGAUGAGUGGGAGCCGGUCACAGUUUUACUCCAGAGAUUCCAAUUAUCUUCGGUUCUCAAUAGAUUCCUUCCUGUUUCCAGAUGUUCCAACAGAGCUCUUGUACCUGCACUGUUCCGCGAGACUGGGGAGCAAGGACCCGACAGCGACUGCCAAAUCGUGUACCUACAACAGCCAAGUAAAGAGUUGGGAAGAGCUGCAUGGCUUUAACGGUGUUUGUUCCUGCUGCGAGACAAAGUGUGAGCACAGUGCAACAUCUACACCCUCAGAAGUGAAGACUUUGAUUACAAGUGACGCCUGGGGAGUGCAAAAAAAGAGUGCAUUCUCACUGUCCGAAGUAGAGGGGGACGAUGAGAGUCAGCCCACAGAACAGUCAACAGGCUAUGGUUCUAUCCAAUUGGGAUGGAGGGAGGACGUUGGAUAGAGGAACCGGACAAGGUGGAAAUGGACCUGUGGUCAAAGAUGGUUAAGACGUGGGAAAAGUAGCCAUCAUCGCAGACGAAUGAUGGGCCUGAAUGUUUAAUAUAGAAUUUCUCCUGAACCAUUUAAUUUUUGCUCAGAUUUAGGUUGGAAUUUGUUCCGUAUAACGUGAAUAUUCUUUCACCCGUGUGAAAAUGUCUUGAGCAUUAAAUAUGUGAUCCUCCUCUGCA